AUGACGAUGGCCUCGAUACAGGACCGGACGACUGAGUUCCGGUCCAUUCUUGGGCAAGCCCAGAAGCGGAUGGCUUCGAACAAAGUCGGCGCUCAGCGUCAGGCACUGCUUUCAGAUUCACAACGCCGACAAGCAAACGGAAGUCCAGAAGGCCCAGGAAAGAGGAGGUCGGAGUUUGCCAGGAGGGCGGCCGAGAUUGGUCGAGGGAUUACUGGCACAACAGCGAAAUUGCAGCGUUUGGCAGAGUUGGCCAAGCGCAAGACGCUUUUCGACGACAAACCCGUCGAGAUCUCCGAACUAACCUACGUCAUCAAACAAGACCUCGCAUCACUCAAUCAACAAAUUGCACAAUUACAGGCUCUCACCUUAUCCCAGCACCCUCGAGCAAGCCGAAACAAAACGGAUCAAGAGGGAGAACACAAUGACAAUGUCGUCGUCAUGCUACAAGGCAAACUUGCGGACGUAGGCGCCAACUUCAAGGAAGUGCUAGAAGUCCGCACCAAGAAUAUCCAAGCAUCGCGUUCACGCACAGAGAAUUUCGUAUCUUCCGUAUCAUCUAAAAGCCAUACACAGUUCGAUCCUCAGCGAUCGGAUUCGCCUCUGUAUAGCGCACCUCGCAGCAGGACACCUCAGCCGGGGUUCCGCAAUGGCGGCGGCAACACUUCUGAUCUCCUCACACUCGAACCCUCCUCAUCUUCUGUACUAGGCCAGUCUAGUCGUGGUGCAUCUGACCAACAACUUUUGAUGAUGGAAGAAGCUCAACCUGAAAACACAUACAUCCAAGCUCGAGGAGAAGCCAUCGAAGCCAUCGAACGAACCAUUAAUGAAUUGGGUGGUAUUUUCGGUCAAUUAGCGACCAUGGUCAGCGAACAAUCCGAGAUGAUCCAGCGGAUUGAUGCAAAUACAGAAGAUGUUGUCGAUAAUGUUGAGGGUGCGCAGCGCGAGUUGAUGAAAUAUUGGUCACGAAUGAGUGGAAAUAGAUGGCUCAUUGCGAAGAUGUUUGGUGUUUUAAUGAUUUUCUUCCUUUUGUGGGUUCUGAUAUCUGGAUAA